AUGUCUAUGUUAGAACAUUUUGGCGUAGAUACUCAUGCAGUAUUCCAAGCACGAUUGAUUAACAGAAUAGCUAUGACAUACUUUUUGGGAGCCUACAGCAUAUGCAAUGUAGUCAACCGAACUGAUGUGUCCGUGAAUACUUCGUUUAACAAUGUUCCGAUUAUCGUGGUUCAAUCGCAUGACCUUAUGCUGCCCGCCAUAAAUUUGGGAUGUUCUGUAUUCAUCAUUGAUGAGGAUUCGGUAUUUUGGUUUUUGAACAACUUCAUCGCACUGCACGAUGCUGCUGAGUACCGACAUCACACGAAGUAUGUGGUAAUAAUGUUGAAUUCCGGUUGCAUUGAUAAAACAGCCACGCUAAACGACAUACAGAGUCACCCGGUUGUUCAUGAAUUGCCGAACUUACUGCUCGUAAUAACGAAGAAUUAUGAAUUCGAACUUCUCACACACUACUAUACAGGAAAUGGACCGGAAUCCGUAGAAUACCACCUGUUGGAUGUAUACAACGCAGCAAAUAAUUCCUUCCUUUAUGGAAACUACCUCUUUCCGGAUAAACUUAUUAAUUUAUUGGGUAAAGCUUCGAGGGUGGCAUCAUUUCACGUAGUUCCAUGGUUUAUAAUGCGUCCAGAGGUGAAUGGAGUUGUGCGAUACCGCAACCAGUCGUACAUUACGGAUGGAUUGGAUGGGUAUUUGUUGACACAGUUCUGUCUGCGAUAUAACUGCACCUGGGAGCUGCACGUGGAUCAGAAGAAUCGAUACGGUGAAAUAUUCGAAAAUGGCACCGGCAAUGGGCUGUUUGGUGCUUUGCUGGAUCGCAAGGUUGAUUUAGCUAUCGGUGCUGUCGGUGGUUAUUUUGGUGCUAUUCAAUACUUCAGCUUGUCGCAUUCGCUCCAGCGGGUUGGAAUAACUUGUCUUGUGCCGAAACCACAAUUGGUGCCCCAUUGGAAAUUAAUUUACUUGACAUUCUCCAAAUCAGUGUGGAUGGCACUCGGUGCAGUAUUCAUAGCCGUGACGUUUUUCCUGUACUACUUAAAUACAUUGUUCACAAAUCAACCUACGCAUGGAUUCUUAUGGAUCUUGUUCAAGGUACUCAGAACAUUUGUACUUACUUCGGCUGAUCUUCCUAAAAACAGUUCGGCAGAAGGUGCUAUCAUAGCAUCACUUCUCAUGUUUACCAUCAUCGUUGGAAACGUUUACAUCGGUAGAAUCCACAGCGUCCUUGCGUUUCCCCCUUACCAUGCUCCGCUAGCUACAGUUAAGGAUUUGGCCCUAAGUGGCAUUGGGAUAAAUGCCGAACAUGCAUCAUGGAUGUAUUCCCUGGAUAUUUCUGAAAACCCCCAAGACAAGAUACUUUUGGAGAAUUUUGAAGUAAUACCCAUCGAGCAACUGACCGAUGUGAUCAACCAAGGCCGAAAAGCUACCAUGAUAGCAGUGCUCGAGAAUGGUCACGCAAUGGUAGGCAGUUGGAUCAAUGCUCACAACGUUGAGCUUUAUCGCAUUAUGAAAGAAUCUCUGUACGUCGAAUUCGAGGCAGGAUAUGCAACUAAAACAUGGCCCUGGUUGGAUCGCUUCAAUUAUUUGUCUUCAUGGAUUCGGGAUGCCCAUUUGUCCAAAUACAUCGAGCUGGUUGAGGUCUAUCGCCACAUGGACCAUCGGGUGCAGAUAUCGAUUGAGCAUUCCAGAGAUAGACCACCGAGUAAGUUGAAAAACAUGAACGUAAGUGAGAUUUCCGGGGCCUUUAUGCUGCUUGGAAUAGGAUGUGCGACUGGUUUAGUCGUUUUUCUUUUAGAAAUUGUCUAUCAC